GUCACAUCAAAGGUUACACAGUUUCCACUUUCCACCAGCCACGAGGGCGCUUCCUUCUUGCCUGAGGGCAGGAGGAGAAGUCCAGACUCCAGAAGGGUCGACCCUUCCGCCGUGAAGAACGACGCCGUCGUCUUCCUCCCUUUGUGAGGGAUCGCGACGUCUUCAUCAUCAUCAUCACCAUUUCCCUCUGAGGAUCGUCGAACCUCCUGCCGACCAAACCCCUCGAAGAUGAGGCCGUCGUCUGGGGGGAUCAGCAUCGCCGCGAGCACGCGCAAGCUCGAUGUCGACAGUCGGAUAUCCCUCCGAUAUUAUUACCGAAUCGCGGAGAAUCUCCUUAAGCAAGCUAGUAUUUAUCGAGAAGAGAAGAAUCUAAUUGAUCUGUAUAUACUACUUCUUAGAUUUUCAAGUUUGAUUACUGAGACCAUACCAUGCCAUCAAGAUUACCAAAGUUCAUUGCCCAAGGAAAAGGCUUUCUAUAAGAAGAAAUUACUGGAUACAUUGACUGAAUUGGAGAAGCUGAAGCCAGUUGUCCAGAAUCAAAUAGAAGAUUUGAACAGGAAGCAGAAUAGUAGAAAUGAUUACCAGCGCCAUGGCCAACAAAAUAUCUAUAUGGAUUCCUCUCUUGAGUGGCCUCCAGUGACAAAGCAAAGUUCUGCAAAUUAUAGCAUCAGACAGGUUAGUGGUGUAUGGCAACCGGAGCCACCUCAGACUACACAGAAACAUUAUGAAACACCUCGGGAUAAGCUCUUGCAGUCCAAGCAAAUAGAAAACCAAAUUCGUAAAAUGUCUUUGAGCGUGCCAAAGCCAAGAGAGGAAACAUUAUCAAGGCACUCUAUUCUUGGACCAACUGGCCUUCGUGGCCAAUGGCAAGCCCCUGCAGUGAACAGAGGGAUUCAAUAUCCAAGCAAUGUCGACUUAACUCCUAUUGACUUGCCAAGCCUUGCACUUCCUGCACAAGAUGGACCCCCCACUAUGGGCAAGGAGAGUGUUAGUUCAGCGACCAACUCUAUUCUUGAGGCAGUUCUAUCUUUGGAUGAUGGUCAAAGAAGACCAGUGCCUGAAGAACCUUGUCCAAUAAAUAUUGCCAGUUCAGUGGAAGAACCUAUGCAUCUUGAUAUAUAUAGGCAACCUUCUCCUCCGCCUGUUCUUGCUGAUGUGCAGGGCUUGAUUCCAGCUUCUUCUCCAGCAAUUGAUGAAAUGGCAGGGCCAACAAAGUCAUUGCAAGAUGAUUUAGUUAAUUCCGGCUCUCCUUUGCAACUUCAUGUGCCAAUUAAAAUGAUGGAAGAUUUCAUGAGGCUGGCAAAGGCAAAUACCCUAAAGAACCUAGAAACGUGCGGUGUCCUUGCAGGUUCCCUUAAAAAUCGAAAAUUUUGUAUCACAUCCCUCAUCAUUCCAAAGCAGGAGUCUACAUCUGAUUCUUGUCAGACUAUGAAUGAAGAGGAGAUAUAUGAUUUUCAAGAUAAGCGGUCGCUCUUUCCACUGGGUUGGAUUCAUACGCAUCCUACGCAGUCUUGCUUUAUGUCAUCAAUUGACCUCCACACUCAUUACUCAUAUCAGAUUAUGCUUCCAGAAGCAAUUGCAAUCGUCAUGGCUCCUACCGAUACCACAAGAUCCCACGGCAUAUUUCGGCUAUCUGACCCCGGAGGCAUCACAGUCAUAAGAAAUUGCCAGCAACGAGGAUUUCAUCCCCAUGAUGAGCCACCUGAUGGAAGACCAAUCUAUGAGCAUUGUACGCAUGUAUAUAUGAAUCCCAGUCUAAAAUUUGAUGUUGUUGACCUUCGCUGAAAAUAUCUUAGUACUUUUACUGACUCCAGAUUUUUUUUUUCUUUUUCAUUAUUUUUGUAAUAUGAUCCCCAAAGUUGUCCUAUUUCAGUGACUAUGUUAUGCAACCACUGAUGAGGUUUGCUGAUUGCGAGUUCCAAUCUCCAAAAAACUAGUUUACUUUUUU